UAACAGGGAACUAAAAUCUUUCUUGAAGAAUGGUUGGAAUAUAAUAGAGGUCAAGGGAUGGACAUGUAUUGGAAGGAUAAUUUCAUCUGUCCAACUGAGAGUGACUACAAGAUUAUGGCAGUAAGAAAGACUAGUUGGAUAAUCAAGUUGAUAGUAAGAUUAAUGAAACUGUUUUCUACUUAUGAAAGAGACUUUUUAUCGCUAGCAAGUGUUUUGGGAUUGUAUUAUCAAAUAUAUAAUGAUUAUUGCAACUUGUGUCUUGAUAAG